AACCAAACGUCUUCGGGUAGAACCAGUCAGAUGGAGCACUGAAAGGUGAAGACAGGGAACGUGGUUUGCUGUAGGCGCAGACAUACCAGACUUAAAGCCAGUGAUACACUUUUUAUGUAGAAGAUAGAGGACAUUUAGUGAACUGUUUUUCUAGAAUCUAGUCGCUAUUUUUUUUUCAACUCUCAAGGCAGACGGACCUUUGCUUUAAAGGAAAGCAUGGCGCUGUCAUUGUCCCCAUAUGGGUGCCGCUCUGAUGAGGAGGAGGAUAUGGCUGUGUUUGAGUCCACAGCAGCAGAGCACGGAGGCAUGGCCAGACCACGUCUACCUGAGAUCUCUGUUAUUUCCCCGGGACUCGAAGCCAGGCUGACUUUUUUGCAGCCGAAAGUUGCUGUGAAACCUGGUGGGGGAGAACCUGGGGGGACCUCAGAAAGGGUGAAAGUUUUUUUGCGCAUUCGCCCGCUUACUGACUCAGAAAGAGGAGAGGAGCAGGGCUGUGUGGCUAUCCAGGAUGAAGAGACGUUGCUGCUCAAAGCUCCGAAUGAGUCUCAGAACAUGAGGACAGCAGAGAGAGGCAUCACCCAGAGCAUUCACAAGUUCAGUUUCUCAAAGAUAUUUGGUCCAGAAACGACUCAGCAACAGUUCUAUGAGGGCACAAUGAAGAAGAUGGUGACUGAUGUCCUCAAGGGAGAAAAUAGGCUCCUCUACACUUACGGCGUCACCAACUCUGGGAAGACUUACACCAUUCAAGGCAGUGGUCGAGAGACAGGCCUGUUGCCGAGGGCUUUGGUGUCUCUGUUCAGGAAGGUACAGGGUCGUCUCUAUGGUGCUAUGGACCUGAAGCCAGUUAUGUCUCAGGAUGUGAGACAGCUUGACACCGGUGAAAUCGAGGCGGAGGAAAUCCGGAGAAACUCCCUCCUCAAGGAGGAUGAAAAUCAAACCUCUCGUCGAGCUGGUACCACCACAGUCUGGGACAGUGGCAUUGGAGGGCUUUCCUCCACCACACACACUGCCACUCAGCUUGAAGACACUGACAGCGUGUGCCUGGAUCCCGACAGCCUUUCGCUCAGCGGAGGCAGCGACCUGGAGGAAGGGGUGCAGUUUUCCAUCUGGGUCUCCUUCUAUGAGAUCUACAACGAGUUCCUGUAUGACCUGCUGGAUGCUUCGCCCUCCCAGCAACCCCGAAAAAGAGUUACUCUGCGGCUCAGUGAUGACAAGCAGGGCAAUCCCUAUGUCAAAGAUCUCACUUGGAUCCAGAUCCGCAGUGCUGAGGAAGCUUGGAGAAUCCUGAAGGCUGGGCACCGUAACCAAAGCUUCGCCAGCACUCAUCUAAACCAAAACUCCAGCAGGAGCCACAGCAUCUUCUCCAUCCGUGUCCUUCAUGUUCACGCAGAAGCCACUUCAGGCCAGGCUAUGCACAUUAGCGAACUGACUGUGUGCGAUCUGGCCGGGUCUGAGCGCUGUAAAGAGCAGCGUAACGGUGAGAGGAUGAAGGAGGCCAACAACAUCAACACCUCCCUCCUAACGCUGGGACGCUGCAUCGCUGCUUUGAGACACAACCAGAACAACAAGUCAAGACCCCCUCAGGUGGUGCCCUUCAGGGACAGCAAACUGACCCGCGUCCUGCAGGGCUUCUUCUGCGGCAGAGGAACCUCCUGCAUGGUGGUCAACAUCAACCCAUGCACCUCCAUCUAUGAUGAGACCCUUCAGGCACUAAAAUUCUCAGCCAUAGCUACACAGCUUGUCCACGGCCCGUCCACAAAGACCAGAGUGGCCUACAUUCUGUCCCUGCUCCGAGAGCCAGCAGCGAACAACGCUGAAGGCUCCCUGAUAGAGGAGGAGGAGGAUGAAAGUGAUGUCGAAGAUGGAGAUAUCACCUUGUUGAAUACAGAGUCUCUACUGCAGGCCAUCGAUGUCCUGAAGAGAGAAGUGUGGCGCCAGCGGGAAGAAAAAGAAGUCCUCGAGGCAAAUGUGAGAGAGCAGGUCGUCUCGGAAAUGAUGGAAGUCAUCAAAGGAAUGCAAGAGGGAUUCACUGAGACCUUGGAGGCCGAGAGGGCUCUGAUUGAAGAGAGGUAUGAGGACAAAAUAAGUAACCUGCAGAAACAUCUCAAGAAGUUCUACAACCAGGAGCUGAAGGAGCGUGAUCAGGAGAUUGAAGCUUUGGCUGCUGCCCUUGAAGAAAAGAGGAAGGAAGAUGGCCAGCCCACAACGGCACCACUUGUAGAGUCGGAGGGGCCUCGGCGUUCUCACCGUAUCUCGUCCCAGACAGAACUGAACAGGCUGCAGGCUGAACUUGACCAGUCUCGCGCUGAGCUUCUCACCAAGACCCAAGAGCUGGUAAACCUGAGGAUGAAGCUAGAAGUGCCGGGUUCAGCUGGCGUCCUCACCACCGCAGCUGAUCGCAAGCUGCAGGAGGGUCAGCGGAACCUGCGCCAGCUUCGACUGGAUCUGCAGAAGCUGGGAGUGGAUCUGCAGUCUGGUGAAAGAGCUUGUUGCCGCAAUACUGGAGGGAAUAAACUGCGCCACACACUUACCGCUGCAGAUGAGACACUCGCCAAACAGAGCCAGAUCCUGCUGGAGCUUCAGAACGACCUGACGCUGGUCAAAGCAGACUUAAGGCGAAAAGCGGAGACCCUGGCAGGGCGCGCCCAGCUGCCCACUACAUUCGCUACACCCACUACUCCAGGCUCUUGCACAAAGAGGGGCUGCGUGGGCACCACGGCGACCAACAGCGAAAACCGGCCGCCACAGAAACGCCCCUUUUUCCAUUCUUUGUUCCCGACGCGUACCCCAUCGAGUAAAUACAACAGUCGUGCAGCCGAAGAAACGAGUCUGACUCCGUACUCACGGAUCUUGCGAUCUCGCCAGCCCUCCCCACCCCCCAGCCCCAUCCCAACCCCACGGAGUAUCAGAGGAAAAUACUGAGGUUUUAAGGCAUCAAGCUUUCUGAUAUGCAAAAACUAAUUGCUGCCUACCUUUAUAUUUUUAUACUGUUUUCUUUUUAUAUUUACUUUUUGCAGUGCAGUUCACUCACCAGCAUCCAAAAUAUGGUUUUACAAUUAUUACCAGUUAAAUAAAUGAUUUUAAGAUUUUUCUCAGUGGCUAUAGGACGGUAAGGUCAGAUUUGUGCAUGUUUGUAAACUGGCUUUUUGUGAUGCCUUGGCUAUACAUAUUUCACCUAACACCACAAUAAAUUUGUAAUGUUUAAACUGUACCUCAUUACAAUGGGAAAACUCAUGCACAGCAAACACAACUAAACUGCUAAAAGUGUUCCCUUGCUGCUUCUAUCUAUAUUUGUCUUCUUGUCAAUCUGUUUUAAAAUCAUUCUAGAAAUGAUUCUUCUGUCUUGUCCCAGUUGUCUGGGCUUCAUGCCAGAAGUUUUCUGUGUUCACUUUAAGUUUGUGGAUUUUAUGUUCCGUUUCAGAUCGUAAGCUGAAGGGAAUUUUUGUUUAAAAAAUAAAAUGCCAUACACUGGUACUUUAAA